AUGCUCUUCGCAGCGCACGGGCUCUAUAUCUUCAUCUACUUCUUCCGUUGCCUCGUGACGGGACCGCGGCUCAAGGGGCGCGAGGAUUACGAAAUGUUCGUGGCGUACUGGGCCGUCUUCUUUGUCAAUAUCAUCCUCGUUGGCGUGCUUCCGUGGCUGGCGGUUUGGGCGACCAUCAAGUCGUUAGAGGGCGUCGAGGGGGUCAUCGAGCGCGGGAUAGGGAUCUGGAAGGCCUUGAAGGCAGCUUAGGAGGGAUAACAAGAGUGGUGCAUUGGUGCGCCAAAGAAGCCGAGAACGUCG